GACGUGGUUGGGGGGAUAUGUACGCCGCGCACGGCGGCUCUGCAGUUUCUCUGGAUCUCCGGGACGGACACGAGAGCUGAUGGCUGACCUGGAUUAGAGCUGGACACAUUAGGAAAGGGGUUAGAGACCGAGGGAAGGAAAGACGCCACAUUUCAGAGACUUUUAAACGACGAGGACAACGACGUUCACGUUCUUUGUAAAGCAGAGUCAGCAUCCCUUUCUGUUCUCCUCUGAGGAGGCCUCGGGCCUGAUAGACCUUGACAGUCAUGGUACUGAUCCUGGGAAGACGGCUGAACCGGGAGGACUCUGGGACGCGUGAGUCUCCUGCCGUCAAGCGCAAAGUCCUGGACAUGGACUCCAAGACACUGACUGGCCACGACGUCUUUGACUUCUCCUCCGGCCCGUGCCACGCCGAGAGCGUUCUGCAGAUGUUUGACGAGUUCCGUGACGGGCGCCUCUUCACCGAUGUGGUGAUCAGCGUGGAGGGCCGUGAGUUCCCGUGCCACCGUGCUGUGCUCUCAGCUUGCAGCAGCUACUUCCGAGCCAUGUUUUGCAACGACCACCGCGAAAGCCGUGAGAUGCUGGUUGAGAUCAAUGGCAUCCUUGCCGAGGCCAUGGACACCUUCCUGCAGUAUGUCUACACUGGCCAUGCACGCAUCACGACUGACAACGUACAGUUCCUUUUCGAGACAUCCAGCCUCUUCCAGAUUGGUGCUCUGCGUGAUGCCUGUGCCAAGUUCUUAGAGGACCAGCUGGACCCGUGCAACUGCCUGGGCAUCCAGCGCUUCGCUGAUGCCCACUCACUCAAGCAGCUGGCAAGCCGCUGUCGCACCUAUGCCCUGCAGAGCUUCGCUGACGUGGCACAGCAUGAGGAGUUCCUGGACUUGCGGCGUGACGAGCUGGAGGAGUACAUUGCCAGUGAUGAGCUAGUGAUUGGCAAGGAGGAGAUGGUGUUUGAGGCGGUGAUGCGCUGGGUCUACCACGACAUGGAGCACCGGCGCGGAAUGCUGCGUGAGCUACUAAACCACGUGCGCCUGCCCCUGCUGCACCCCAACUACUUCGUGCAGACGGUGGAGGGGGACCAACUGAUCCAGAACGCACCAGAGUGCUACCAGCUGCUGCACGAAGCCCGACGCUACCACGUACUGGGAAAUGAGAUGAUGUCGCCCAGGACUCAACCACGCAGGUCCACGGGUUUCUCAGAGGUCAUCGUGGUGGUAGGCGGCUGUGAGAGAGUAGGAGGCUUCAACCUGCCUUACACCGAGUGCUAUGACCCCGUGACCGGAGAGUGGAAAUCACUGGCCAAACUUCCCGAGUUCACCAAGUCCGAGUACGCAGUGUGUGCCCUCCGCAACGACAUACUCGUGUCAGGUGGACGCAUCAACAGCAGGGAUGUGUGGAUGUACAACUCUCAACUGAACAUCUGGAUCCGUGUGGCAUCGCUCAACAAGGGCCGCUGGAGACACAAAAUGGCUGUGCUGCUGGGCAAGGUGUAUGCAGUGGGUGGCUUUGACGGUCAGUCUCGCCUCAGCAGUGUUGAGUGCUACGACUCCUUCUCCAACCGCUGGACGGAAGUGGCUCCCAUGAAGGAGGCGGUCAGCUCCCCUGCCGUGGCCAGCUGCGUCAACAAGCUCUUCGUCAUCGGUGGAGGCCCAGAUGACAACACCUGUUCCGAUAAGGUCCAGUGUUAUGACCCGGAGUCAGACAGCUGGUUGCUAAGGGCCAACAUCCCCAUUGCUAAGCGCUGCAUCACAGCCGUGUCCCUCAACAACCUCAUCUACGUGUCUGGAGGCCUGACCAAAUCCAUCUACUGCUACGACCCCACUGAGGACUACUGGAUGCACGUGGUCCACACCUUCAGUAAACAGGAGAGCUGUGGCAUGUCUGUGUGUAACGGGAAGAUCUUUAUCCUGGGGGGUCGAGGUGAAAGUGGAGAGGCAUCGGACAGCAUCCUGUGCUACGAUCCUUCCACCGGCAUCAUCACUGGUGUGGCGGCUAUGCCUCGACCCAUCGCCUACCACGGCUGUGUCACCAUCCACCGCUACAACGAAAAGUUCUACCACACAUGACACCAAAUCUAAACCCCUGCCUCUCCCACACACACACAUACACACACACACACACACACACACACACACACACAGGCCUUACUGCAGGGAUGAGAUAAGCUGAGCCGAUGGUAGCACCUGUGUGUCCCCUCCAGGCUCUCCAGGCUGACCACAGGCUGGAGUUCGAGACUCGCAGACCCGCUUGUCAAACCCAUUACUGCACAGCAUCCAGCUCCAUACGUAGCUUUUUCUGAGAAAUAAAUGUAUUAUUUAUCGGCAAAAAACCAAUCAUUACCCGGAAUCUGUGCUUAUUACAUCCUUACACUUCCACACCAAUAACUUAACAAAUCCAAGCACAGCUUACUGAUUAUAUCAGUGUAUACACACACACACACACACACAACUGUCAGAGAGGCUGUGACAAACUCACUAACAAGAAUAGCAUCUCUGCUAUCUUUGACCUGUGACACAGGACCCCUCCCACUUUGAUGGGGGUUCCUCCACCAUCACUCAAAUGCCUCCAUUUGAUCUUUUUACUAUGAUGAUUUUUAUUAUAUUACUCUCCUUAUUUUAUUGUCGUUUUGCUAUUUUAUUACAGCGUGUGGUGUUGAUUUGAAUGGGUGAAUGGUAUGCUAGGUGGAUGUAUGGUGUGGAGCCUCUGAGAGGGCAUUGACCUGCAUGGGAGGUUGUAAGCAUGACUUUUUUUUUUUUUUUGGACUUUAUUUUUUCAAGUAACUAGUGUUUUUUUUUUUUUUUUUAGCUACUUUUACUUUGUGUUCGUUUUGUGUGCUUUCGAGCGAACACGAAUUGGUGUCUGUAGCACUUUCAGUAUUUUUGUGUGGCUUCAACGACAUUUACUCAGCACUGCACGUGUUUUCAGGAAAUAACUGAAGAAAUUGAACAGGACAGAUCCAUAGAUCUUCACGGGUCAUACUUACAUGUGUGCCCGCUCAUGAUAUCUAGCCGCCAUGCUUGUUAUUCAUGUCUGGUGACGAUCCAUUCAACAAAUUUACUCAAUUUUAUGCCCAAUAACGGUGUGGUGCAUUUUACCACUUGGCGUGGUUUGUAAUGUCAGGGCCAUGUGUAUGAGUGCAUCAUUAUUUGUGUGUUUUCUUGAACGUAUCUCGUUCGUUUGAUGUUUAACUUAUUCAUUCUUGGUGGAAGUUGGUGAGCCCCAGUGAGGCACUUGUUUUCUCUCCCUUUGCUCCCUAUUGUAAAUAUGAAUUAGAUCAUUCUUUGUUUUACUGUAUCAGUAAGUACAGCAGCCUUGCAUCAAAACAAAAGGCCAAUACCUCUUCAGAUCUCCCAGUUCACACAAGCACUACUCUGCUUCACCGUUGUUUUCAUAAUUGUCGCAUAAUUCGGUGGCUGAUAUGUAGACAAAGCCGUUCGGAGUGGUUCAGUAUUAAAUGAGUCAUUGUUGAGAAACUUACCAAGUCUGACUAUUUACAGUGGUGGUGAAGGGAACCAGGGGUUACAAUGUCUGCAAAGCAAAUAUGGCCAUUUUAGUUACCAUCCAAAAAAACCACUAAACCUACACGUGUCUUCUGAGUUUUUAUGUAAUGUUGAUGAUGGUAAAAUAGUGGCAAGUCUUAAAAAAUGAGUUUUCUUUUGGGGACGGUUUUGCCUCACAACACCCUUUCUGCACCUCUCUGCAUUGAAUGGAUAUGAAAAAAUAGGGUUUAGGUCAAAACCUUCUCAAAACUAUCAUAAAAUAAUGUCUCAGAAAUUAGGCAGUGUAUUCAGAGCUGGACGUCUGGUUCCUACCACCACUACUGUGACAGUUGUGAUGUGAACGAUUCCACACCAAACCACGCUGAAUGACUUUGUUUACAUCUCAACCAUUUCAUUAUACGAGUAUUAUGAAUGAUAGGUGGACAUCCCAUUCACUCUAGCCGUGUGUACGUAGUGCACCGAAAGAGAUGUAGCAGUCAAUAAGUCAAAUAAGAGUGUGUGAGUGUGUGUGUGUGUGUGUGUGUGUGUGUGUGUGUGCGCGCGCGCCUUAGUUUAAUGGACCAUUUACUCUGUCAGGGUUGUCUCAUUCAGAAAGGUUUGGUGUGCCUUCAUAUCAACCCAAAUCUGUAAGGGAAGGACGUGAUUGUCUAAUGACAUAUCAAGCAGUAUUUGACUCAACCUGGAAUUCUUAAGGAACUGACCAAGUCCACACGUUCUUUUGUAGAUGAUGUUGCCAGGUUGGUGAAAAUCCCAUUCACUCUAAUGAAAAGAGGUUAGGGUUUAGAUUCGUCCUGGGUCAACUUGUCAAUAUAUCGAUCAUUAUUGAUAACAGACCAUUUUCACACUUGUUUACAUGGACCGAGUAGGAAAAACUAAACCUGCUGGACUUUUUCACCUCCAAAAUAACCGCAUUGAGUGCAGACCUGUUUAGCAGUGUGUGGUGUGGUGACUCAGGACGAGCUUUGCUGAGUAGAUAAGCUCUGAUCAUCUCAGCUGUUCAUUAUUAGAACGAGAAAAGGGCGGAAAAAGAUGAGACGUGUUUCUUUUCCACCGUUUAAAGGCUUUAAUUUCUAACUGUCAGAGUUGCUGCCAUGGUAACGCUGAAUGGUGGCACAUGCGCAGCGGAAAAAAGCACAUGAAUUCCAAUCUGAGUGUCAAAUAAUUCCACAUGGCCACAAAACAGAUACGUAUCCGAUCUAGGACCACGUACGAGAGUGGCUCAGGUCAGAUUUGAAAAGAUCAGAUUUGUGUCCACACAGCCCCGAAAACAUCAGAUCUGAAUCCCAUUAGGGCAAAAAAUUGGAUGUGUGCCACUUCACCCUGGUAAUGUGAACGUAGCCUGUGUUCACCGGGCGGCCCCUUUACUGUACAGCGGUAAAAGAGUCCGCAGAUCCACACAGAGCCCAAAUGUUUUUAAGUUUUGUGCGACAUGCUUUAGCCACGUCAGACUAGUCUUUCUGCUCACGUUCGAGGAGCGACCAGGCAUGCAAACCGCUCUCUUAUUAACCGCGCCGAGGCCGAAGGACGACUUUUGAGAGAUGCUGAAAACCGGAGACCUUCCAUUACAACUCUGUUCAACGGUGCAGGCAGAAGUUCGGUAACACUACUACUUACAUCCGCACGUGACGACGCAGUGACUGUGAAAAAGGUCCGUAGCCAUGGAUUUGUUUAGUAGAACGUUUUUUGAGGGCCGAUCCUUAAUCUGAAACUCCGGUCCUGGUUUUACUUUAUUUAUCGGUGUGUAACAUGGGUAGAAAACACAGUCAGAAAGUGUUUUCCAUUCUUCAUGUUAGCUUAAAAAACUCGACUGUAUGAACAGACAUGAUUUGUAACAUGACGUCACACUUAUCGUUCUUCUUUUAGCCAGUUUGACUCCAAACUACUUUUUUUGUUGCUGUCUGUAAAACAGGGCCUUUGUCGCCCCCAUUGGCACCACUGAAAACGGCCCUAGAUAUAUUGAAUAUGAUGCUUUAAAUUACCCAUGGAUUUAAUUAACGAACAUAUCGAUAUCACCGUUGAGUUUACAAUUAAAAUGCUACGCCCCCGAGCUGGAUUCUUUUGCCCACGCUAAUAAUCGAAACUAUUCAAAUUGGAAACAACAGUGACGUUGCUAACGUUAGCUUGAUAUCACGCAUUGCCUGUAUUAAUGGAACCUUUCACUCGCAAACAACAUUUCUGAAAUGAAUAACACUCUCAAAGUGCUUGCUACAGUUUCUUAAUGUGAACGGGAUUUUUGUUUGACCAGCCGAGCAACACUGCUACGAAAGAAAGUGUUUGUGGGCGGAGCAUGGAUCGGUUAAUGGAGGGCCUUAUAUACAGACAUCAGAAACUAACACGGCCUUGGCUCUUCCACUUCUCUUAUUAUUAUUGGAAAUAUUGUAGGUGUUGUUUUAAGCUACUGUCAUUGCUGUUUUUGGUGUAUGGAGUUAUGAGUGUAUUGUUUCCUAUUUUUGAGCGAACAGAUGCUGCCCAGCGCGCUUUGGUGGAAAUGUUUUGCAAACCCUUUUGAAAUGUUUUAUGGAUAGAGAGCCUUGGAACUGUCAGAGGUUGAAUUGCGCAUGCAAAAAAAAAUGUCGAUUUAUCUCGUAUGCUCACUGUUUCGUUCAUAUUUGACAGUCGUGUGAGAAAAUAGAUGGAGGCAAAUGCAAAAGAGGGAAGACGUCACCAGAAGUGCAUUAUAAUGUUUAAUAUGCACCUGGAAAUAAACCAAAGAUUUUUGCCUCCUGUUGUUCCAGUGUGAUGUUGUGAAACAGUGAGUAUUUUUGUUUUGCUUUAUAUAUGUGGAAAGCCAUCACUCUUCUUUCUUGUUUUAUACUGGAGUGAUUGAAAUGUAUGAAUGCUCUGUAAGGCGUCAAUGUACUGAACUUGAAAUUGCCUUAAUAAAGUUGUUUUUCAUAUGGCUUUGUAA